AUGGAAGUCGAUACCUUAUCAAUUAUUUUACUUUUUUUGAUAGUUUUUUUCACGUUCCUAUCAAUUCGUGAAGCACCAAAUUCUGACAUUCAUCCCUUGUUACUUACCUCCCAAUCUGAUGCUGCAAAAGUGCGAUAUCCUGGCGAAACAGCCGUGUACAGGUCUAAUAAUUCUCAACAUGGAAUGCCAUUAUUAACUACACCAGAAAAUGGGGUUAAGACUAUUGCAGAAAUGUUUCAGCAUGGCUUGGAAGCAGGAAACGAUUGUUUAGGCUCCAGAGAUAAUAACGGCGCGUAUACUUGGCAAUCAUACCGACAAAUAUUUGAAAGAAUAACAAAUUUUGGAUCGGGAUUGAUUAAAUUUACUGGGUUAACUCCUAAAUCGCAAGAUAAAUUCGGCAUUUUCAUGAAAAAUUGUCCAGAAUGGGUGAUUGCGGAUUUGGCUGCCUGCCAUUAUAGUUUGAUUACAGUAGCACUACCUAGCAUUCUUCCUCGUGUCAAUGAUGUUAUCAAUCAGAUUAAUCUCACCGAAAUUGGUGUCAUCGUGGCAUCCAAGGAUACUCUUCCGAUUGUACUAUCUGCAGCGCCCUCCUGUAAAACAUUAAAAUAUAUUAUAAUGACGGAAUCUAGUUUAUCCAAAGAUCAAAAUGAAAAAGCUGAGACGUUAGGGUUAACUCUCACGACGUUCAAAGAUAUGGAGGAAUUAGGUUCCACUUCUAAAUUGGAAUGUGUCACUGCUGCACCGGAGGAUACAGCAACCAUUGUUUUUACAAGUGGAUCCACUUCAGGAGGACCGAAAGGAGUCGAACUAAAACACUCUAACAUAGUAGCAAAUGUUGCUGGAACUCUUGUUGCUGUACACACUACGCAGAAAAUAAAAACCUCUGAUAGACAUCUAUCAUAUUUGCCUCUCGCAUAUAUGUUCGAAAGAAUUACGGUCAUGGUGUUAUUAUUUUCGGGUGCAUCGAUCGCAUUUUACAGUGGAAGGAUUUCUACUGUUCUACAAGAUGCAGAGGAGGUCAAGCCGACUAUCUUCACCAGAGGAUUCAAUACUAAAUAUAAAUACUUAAAGAAGGGAAAUCUUGUUACUAAUUCCAUAUGGGAUAUUUUAGUAUUUAAUCAAGUUAAGGCCAAAUUUGGAGGCCAAGUUCGUGUUAUUGUUACGUCAUCUGGUUCAAUUACGCAAACCUUACUCGAUUUUUUUCGAAUUACCGUCGGGUGUCAAGUUCUUCAAGCUUAUGGCCUUACACAAUGCAGUGGCGCAGUAACAGUUAAUGCGUUUUAUGAUUACUAUUCAAUUGAUCAAAACGGUCAUGACUCACACACAGGUGGUCCGCUUGCUUGCAACGAGAUAAAGUUAAUAAAUUACGAAGAAAGAGGUUACACUGUUGAAGAUGUGCCUAAUCCCAGAGGCGAAAUUUGUGUUCGAGGUCCCAACGUUAUGAAGGGUUAUUACAAUCUUCCUGACGAAACAUCUCGUGUUAUUGAUGCAGAUGGAUGGUUUCAUACUGGCGACAUUGGAAUGAUCUUACCAAAUGGAACUUUGAAAAUCAUUGAUCGAAAAUAG